CGUGACAGUGGCUUUCGGCACAAAGCGAAACGCAAGACAGCAGAUAAGUGUCCGCGAAGGGCACGUCAAGAUAAAUACAAAGCCCGCUCUGCAAAUCUGGAUCGGAUACUUGGCUAGACAGUAGGCAUCAAACCUCGGCAUAGCCAGUUUUCUUACUCGAUAAUAGAAACUAUGGACGAUGGCUACCAUUACACUCGCAGUCCAGUUUGGGAAGAGCUGGAGUCGGAGAAGGGAGCGGCGUCCGUGGCGGGGAUGCUGGUCGGCGGGAUGCAGCCCCAUCCGGGGGGAGGCGCAGGACUACCAGGAGCUGGUGACGAGUCCUCGGAUAGCGAAGGGGAGCACGAAGGGCCCCAGAAACUAAUACGGAAAGUGUCCACCUCCGGCCAGAUCAGAAGCAAGACCAGCAUCAAGGAGGGAAUACUACUGAAACAGACAAGUUCCUUCCAGAGAUGGAAGAAAAGAUAUUUCAAGUUGAGAGGAAGAACUUUAUACUAUGCUAAGGAUGCAAAGUCUCUGAUUUUUGAUGAAGUCGACCUAUCAGAUGCGAGUGUCGCUGAGUCAAGUACAAAAAAUGUCAACAACAGUUUCACGAUAAUUACUCCAUUCAGAAGGCUAAUUCUUUGUGCUGAAAACAGAAAGGAAAUGGAGGAUUGGAUCAGCUCAUUAAAAUCUGUACAGUCCAGAGAGCACUAUGAAACGGCACAAUUUAAUGUGGAACAUUUCUCAGGGAUGCACAACUGGUAUGCCUGCUCUCACGCUCGUCCUACCUUCUGCAAUGUAUGUCGGGACAGUCUUUCUGGGGUAACCUCCCACGGCCUGUCUUGUGAAGUCUGCAAGUUUAAAGCACAUAAAAGAUGUGCUGUUAGAGCAACCAACAAUUGCAAAUGGACCACAUUGGCCUCUGUUGGAAAAGACAUCAUUGAGGAUGAGGAUGGGAUUGCAAUGCCUCAUCAGUGGCUGGAAGGAAAUCUCCCAGUUAGUGCCAAGUGUUCGGUGUGUGACAAAACAUGUGGCAGUGUACUCCGUCUACAGGAUUGGCGCUGUUUGUGGUGCAAAGCAAUGGUACACACUGCUUGCCGGGAACUUUAUCCCAGAAAGUGUCCUCUUGGUCAGUGUAAAGUAUCAAUCAUUCCACCCACUGCACUGAACAGCAUAGAUUCUGAUGGAUUUUGGAAGGCUACUUGUCCUCCAUCUUGUGCCAGUCCACUACUAGUCUUUGUGAAUUCCAAAAGUGGCGACAACCAAGGUGUUAAAUUCCUUCGCAGAUUUAAACAAUUACUCAACCCAGCUCAGGUUUUUGAUUUAGUCAACGGGGGACCUCAUUUAGGUUUACGCUUAUUCCAUAAGUUUGAUAAUUUUCGCAUCCUUGUAUGUGGUGGAGAUGGCAGUGUUGGAUGGGUUUUGUCUGAAAUUGACAAGUUAAAUCUUCACAAACAGUGUCAACUUGGUGUGCUUCCUCUGGGUACAGGAAAUGAUCUUGCUCGUGUUCUUGGUUGGGGAGCAUCAUGUGAUGAUGACACACAACUUCCACAAAUUCUGGAAAAGUUGGAGCGAGCCAGUACAAAAAUGCUAGAUAGAUGGAGUAUAAUGACAUAUGAAAUAAAAAUACCACCAAAGCAAAGUUUUAAUGUAACUCCUGAAGGAGAAUCUGAAGAAGAAUGCCAAUUCCAGAUCUCUGCUUAUGAAGAUUCUGUAGCUGCUCACUUGACAAAAAUCCUUAACUCUGACCAGCACUCUGUUGUCAUAUCAUCCGCAAAAGUUUUGUGUGAAACUGUUAAAGAUUUUGUUGCUAAAGUUGGAAAAUCAUACGAGAAAACAGGGGACAACACAGAAGAAGCAGAAGCCAUGUCUAUUAAGUGCACUGUGCUUAAUGAGAAGCUAGAUUCCUUACUUCAGGCCCUAAAUACAGAAGCCCAGUCCUCAACAUGCCCUCCACAUAGCACUCCACCAAUUGUGGAAGAGGAAGGAGAGGAGGAGGAGGAACUAGAUGAGGAGGCUGAGCUUGAGGAUGAAGGAGAACUCAGUGAAGAAUCACUUACUGAACUGAAGGAAAAGAUGGAAGAAAACCUCACAGAAAAGGCAUCCCCACAUAAAUUCUUUAAACCAAGAGAGCAGCUUAUGCUUAGAGCUAACAGCUUAAAGAAGGCUGUAAGGCAGAUCAUAGAGCAGGCUGAAAAAGUUGUUGAUGAGCAAAAUGCACACACGCAGGAACAAGCAAUCCAGUCUCCAGCUGAGUUAAAAAAGGAAAAUGAAGAUGACAACAAUGAUGAAGAAAAGGAUUUGGAUACAAAGGAAACUGAAGCACAAAUGAUAACUAAAGUGGUUCCCAGGUCUCCUCCGGAAAGGAGAGUGAGUCGAAGCACCCAGUCUUACACGGGUUCUUUCUCUAUACCUCCAUUUACCACUAGUAAAGAAAACUUGCCUGUACUGAACACCAGAAUCAUCUGCCCUGGUUUACGAGCUGGUCUAGCUGCCUCCAUUGCAGGAAGUUCUAUAAUUAGUAAAAUGUUACUUGCCAAUAUUGACCCUUUUGGAGCAACACCAUUUAUUGACCCUGAUCCAGAUUCACUUGAUGGCUACCUAGAGAAGUGUGUCAUGAAUAACUACUUUGGUAUUGGAUUGGAUGCAAAGAUUUCACUGGAAUUUAACAACAAACGAGAAGAACAUCCUGAAAAAUGCAGGAGCCGCACAAAGAACAUGAUGUGGUAUGGUGUGCUUGGCACUAAAGAGCUGCUACAGCGAACUUAUAAAAAUCUGGAGCAAAAAGUUCAGCUUGAAUGUGAUGGGCAGUAUAUUCCACUUCCAAGUCUUCAGGGAAUUGCAGUGUUGAAUAUUCCCAGUUAUGCUGGUGGGACAAAUUUUUGGGGUGGAACCAAAGAAGAUGAUAUAUUUUGUGCUCCAUCUUUUGAUGAUAAGAUCCUAGAGGUUGUUGCUGUAUUUGGAAGCAUGCAGAUGGCUGUUUCAAGAGUCAUUAAACUGCAGCAUCAUCGAAUAGCGCAGUGCCGUUCAGUAAAAAUUACUGUACUUGGAGAUGAAGGUGUUCCAAUUCAGGUGGAUGGAGAGGCCUGGAUUCAGCCUCCUGGGGUUAUCAAAAUUAUUCACAAAAACCGAGCACAAAUGUUAACUAGGGACAGGGCUUUUGAACAUACUCUGAAGUCAUGGGAGGACAAGCUUAAAUAUGAAGCCCCACCACCUCUUCGUCCUCAUCUAUACUCACAGCAGUCUGUGGAUUUAGCAACAGAAGAGGAGGUCACUCAGAUCCAGAUGUGCUCAUGUGCUGCAGAGGAUCUCAUUACGAGGAUUUGUGAAGCAGCAAAAUCCCACAGCCUGCUGGAGCAAGAAUUGGCACAUGCUGUGAAUGCAUGUUCACAUGCAUUGAACAAAACUCAUCCUAAAUUUCCAGAAAGCCUGACCCGGAACACUGCCAUUGAAAUUGCUAGUAAUGUUAAAGCUUUGCACAAUGAAACAGAAUUACUGCUAGUUGGAAGAGUUCCUUUGCAAUUGGACUCCCCUCAUGAGGAGCUACUCUCUAAUGCAUUACAAAGUGUGGAAAUUGAACUGAGAAAACUUGCAGAAAUUCCUUGGCUUUAUCACAUUCUUCAGCCUGAUGAUGAAGAGGAUCCUGCAUUGGAGUAUGGCAAAAGAAACAGCAGAAGUACCAUGUUUCGAAUAGUGCCAAAGUUUAAGAAAGAAAAGUACCAAAGACACAAGGCUAGCCCACAGUCAGUUCAAAGGUGGGGCACAGACGAAGUGGCUGCUUGGCUCGAUCUGCUCAGCUUGGGAGAGUACAAAGAAAUCUUCAUCCGCCACGACAUCCGAGGCUCUGAACUGUUGCACCUGGAAAGGCGCGACCUAAAGGACUUGGGGAUUUCGAAGGUGGGACACAUGAAGCGAAUUCUACAGGGAACUAAGGAAUUGGCCAAGAAUACUUUGUCCGAGCUGUAACCCUUUUCUGUGGUCGGUCUGAAGCAGGAAGGAACCUGUCCAGAAGUGCUUCAACUGGAAGCCAUUUGCGCAACUCCCUGCAUGUUAGGAACCAGGGAGAAGCAACUGGUACAGAGACUGUUGACUAUGCUGGGGGGAUGGGGGGGGAGGGUUGUGGUUAGGGUCUUUUGUCCCUUCGUGUUCAUGGUUACAGAUUUGGUUAUUAACAGGUUUUUUAGGGCUUGUGCCAUAUAACUGUAGAGUAAGGAAAAAAGGAUGUAUAAAAUUUUUAAAAAGCCAUUUUAUUUUUGUGCACACAGGGUGCAGCCAGAUAUGCAUCUGUCAGGAGGAGAAAAAAGAGUUUACUAGAAACUGCACUAAAAAGACACAAACAGAAGUAGCAAAAUACAGAACUUCCAAAAUGAUGCACCAUCAUCUUAAAUGUAGCUUCAUGUUAACAGUAGAUCACAUUAUGAUUGAUAGUUGAUAACAGUUUAGUAACAGGAUGCAACAUGAAACUAUUAAGAAAGCUGUAGAACAGAAAAGUGAAAUCUGCCAGAAGAGCUUUGCCUUUUUUAGGCCUUCAGGUAGAUCCUUCCAGACAUAUCAGUCAGUGACCAAGAAUUAGAGUGCUUUAAACUUUGUUGUGAUUUGGUUAAUUUUUUAUUGCAUGGUGUGGCUGCCUGGUGUGGAUUUUCUUCUUCUGCAUGAUAUUUGUCUAUAACAUGCUGUUUAUAUUAAUGGGGUGAAUAAGAAACACUUGAAGAAAUUUUAAACCUGUUUUAAUAUCAUGAAAUUCGUUACUACUGAGAUACUUCUCUUAACUUAUGUAGCUUUUUUCUAUCCUUUGCAUGAACCUAUUCCUAAGUAGGAACAUAAGUGUGGAAUGUAGCAUCUGUGCCAUAUAGAGAUACAAAUAAGACAAAUAAGUCUAUGCUUAUUCAUAACUCAAGGGUAUUUAUUAUUAGAUUACAAUUUCUGUGCCGGAUUAGCAUGGACUUAGACCUUUGCAAUAUUGACGGUUGUUUUUUGUCUUUUUUGCAAAGAUUUACACCAAUGUUAGCAUAUUUUUAAAGGAGAUAAAUGUGCAGUUUAAAUUAGAUAGUAUUGUAUUUUUACUGUAGUCUACAAAUAUGCUGUACAUAACUUUUUUUCUUUUUACUUGCCUACAGUACCCUACAGCCUUGUUAACAUUUCAUUGUGGAGCCAGUGUCAAAAAGCAUUUUACCACCUCAAAUGUUAAUUCUUCACUCGGAAACGCAGGUUCUCCCUGUUUUGAUUUUUCUGAUUUUUAAAAUUGUACUAUUUUUGUUGUUUUUAGUCUUGUACUGAAUCUCCACAUAUUCGCCAAAUGAGCCAAAAGUAAUGUUUUUAUAGUUUUUUAUUUCUUGGUUGCAGCUUGUUUUAUACUAUUGCAACAGUCCAGUAUGAAAAGCUGUUAAAUAUUGGCAGACACUUCCAUUUGUUUUCCAUUUUCACAUUCAGGAUCUGACUACUGAAGGUUAUGAGAAUAAUCUUUUUAGCAGAAAUAAUAAGGAAUGGAUUGCCAGUUGUUUUAAGUGUUUCUGAAUAUGUGCUGUGUUCAUAAGUGAAUUUGGAUAUUUUUUGUUAUAUUUGUGUUUUGAACUCACUUAACCUAACUACUUUGUCUAAUUUUUGCCAUGCACUUCUUCCCUGUAUUUAUUAAAUAUCGUUAAACAACUAUAGGUUAUAAUAGGCGAAAUAUACUUGCAGCACAAUGAACGGAGUUCAUCCAAGAAUUUCUAGCACUAGCCUCAACCCUUAACACAGAAAGUGGCAGAAACUGGCCAUCUGCUCUUUAAAUGUUGAAGAAGAGGGGCAUGUCUGUGACCUAUGAUUUUUAUUGACUUGAACACUGCAUUUUAGGAAUUACAAACCACAUAUUAGACAUUGUUUUCUUGCUUAUUGAUAUGCUAUAGACCAGUCAUGUUUAAGGCAUUUAUCUUGUUCAGUUUUGAAAUAUUUUCAUUAGCUACUCUUUUGCUUUCCCUGCUCUGACAGUAAAACACUAACUGAAAUAUAAUUUUUUCUGAUAAUGUAGUUUUCACUAAAAGGCUGCUACAUGCUGCAGUUCUGUACCUUUUACACCACACUGACCCAUGUUUGCCUUUAUUCCACACCAUGUCUAUGAGAUCAUAAAGAUUAUAUAUUCUCAGCAUAUAUAAGCCCGUAUUUGUACUACUGUGCUGCAUCUUUUGUAGUUUGCACUCCUACUUAAAAGGUUAUAGGGAAAUAAUUAUGCAAAUACCCUUUAAACAAUUUUAUGUUUUCUGUUUUAGUGCGUCUCUAUUAUGAUUGCAAGCAGCUUACAUAUUCUUCCAAAAUGAAGAUUUGUUCGGUGAUUUCAUAUAUGUUAAGAAUUUUAUAACAAACUUGACUGUUGACUGCACUACAAGCAUUAAUUUCUACUUAUUCCAUUUUUAAGUUUUUGUGUUCCAAUAAGUUGUUUUGCAAAGCAAGCGCCUAUCAACAGUACCUCACAUUUUGUAAAUACAGAUAUUGAUAAACUACGAGCAUUACAUAGCAAGCAAAGUAUUACAUGAAACCAAUCAAAAGCAACAGUUCUGUUAGCAAUGUAAACAUAUACAGUGUGCUAACAUUAUAUAAAAGUCUGAGAUACUAAAAUUACUUUUUCAUAAACCUAAUGAAGUACCUAAUAUUUAGAUAAAUUUUCUUGCCUUGAAGAUUGACAGGAGUGUCCUAUCAAUUUUUAGAUGGGGAUUUUUCUGUUUGUCCCAUCCAGUGCUACAUUUCAAAGUUCUGUCAGACCCCUGAAUAAGUUCCUGUCUUAUAGUUCCAAAGCUCCAGUCCAUCCCUCUUGCAAUAAGUCAAGUUGCAUGUAGGUCAACUUACAUUUUUACUCCACCUCACCUUUGCUAUACUCAAUGAACUUUGUCAGUUUACAUGUUGUUAUAAAGCCUUAGAAAAAAUAUGCAAACAUCCAACAUUGGGCAAAGUAUCAGUUUUGUUUUGCAUUAACAGUGAGAUGGCUUGGUGGUGCUUGUUAUCUGUACUCCUUGCUUCAUAAUUGACCAUGUCUUAUUACCUUAUUAAGUACAGUAGUAUUUGCAACAGAGGCAUACAGACAUUUCUUCGCCAUACAUUGCUCUUCGCGUUAAUAGUGCCACUUCUAGCUUCUAAUUCGGAAUCCUAAUGUCAUUGCAGCACAGCUCCAUGCUGGCAGAAGUUAUCCUUUCUAGUGGUCCCAAGUGCAAUCUGAUUUCUACUGUUUACUUGUGCCAUAGUUCACCAGUUACAAUGAAUAAUUCCAUUAUUGUUGCUUCUAUGUCCAAUCCUGCGGUUAUCAAGCAGCUGAGGACAUUCUGCCUAGUGAGCAUCAACAGUUCACCCUAUAGGAACCUGCAAGUGAGGGUCAACUUCAGUAACGCAUACUGUAUUUUCAAAGUCUGCAGAAACCUAUCUUAGUGUGCUUCUCUUUGUAUCAGUAAAAUGGUGGAAUUUUAUUUUUUAUUCAAAUACAACAUCUUUCUACAGUAAAUAUAGUCAGGCAUGCAGAACUACACUGUGUGUGUAAGCUGCCAGUCAAAUGACUGUAAUUUUUAAAAAAAGAGCCUCUCCUUAGUUGAUGUGCUUAGAUGAUUCUGAAUUCAAUGCACUUGGCUCUUGUGUUGCCCACUUCCAAAGCACUGGUGUUGUGUUAAAUCACUAACCCUGUCACUCCUCUCCAAAAAAAAAUCCACUGUACAUUUUUAUAUAAACGAUUACUUUUGACAUCAUUUUGCAACUCACUCAUAAUUCUACAUGUUUUCAGUUUCUCUUUAUGAACAGUUCCCAAAUUUUGAGGUAAAUUUUCCUUGUAUUAAGGUAUUCUGAAUUACUCUGAUUGCUGAAUUCCAGCAGAGGUCACUAAUGUCUUGAAUAAUUUCUUUACAGAAGGCUAUUCCCUUUUGUAUUGUGCUACUUGUGAAGAGGACUUGAACUAGUAUCAGGUGUCUGCCACUAUUACUUUAUAAACAACAUUACACAUAAAGAGAACCACAAAAAGUAUACCAAAACCUACUUGCCCAACCAUAACUGCCAUAUUAAUGCCCUUACCAUGUAAUCCUCAAGUACAGAAAGGAUUUAUACCUGAUGUGCCAAAACCAGUUUAAUAAGCUACUCAACUACUGGUUAAUCACAUGAACUUUUUUAUGUAUGCUUGUUUAUAUUGAAACUUUUUUCUGUUAAUGGCAAAUAAUGCAACGGCAACUGUCCAUAUACUGUAUUUUGGAACACUGGCCAAGUGAAAAUGGGCCGUUAUUAGGUGUUAAUCUUUUUUUUAGCUAUUAAACAUUGGUGUUAUGGCCCUUUAUUUGUCCCUCCAUGGUCAACAUUAUGUAGUCCUAUUUAUAUGCAGUAUAUGAGUGUUAACUGCACUGAGCUCACCAUUACUACAUGACUGAUAUACUGUUAGAGGCUUGCAACCAUUUCCUGAAAAUAAACACAAGUGUAGGAGCAAUCCAGUAACCACUUACAGGAGUACACUCACCGACACACAAAAGCACUUCAUCAUCUUCCAUUUGGCUUUUGAUGCUUUGACAUUUUCAGUUUACAUUAUAGUAAAUUAAUGAAAAUGUAAAUAAAAACACAUCAUGUCUAUAGGAAUAAAGAUGAAAGAUGUUUGGGAAUGACAAAAGCAGUCAUUAUUGUAAACAUAUUAUAGUUUGAAGUAAGUAUGUUCUUAAUAUUUUCAUUCAGGUUUUCAGUAUUAACUUUAUUUUUGCAUGAGGAAGUCUUCUUUGUUUAAUGCAAAAUAUAUGCAGAACUUUGCAGUGCUAAUUACAGUUUAUCUAGCCAUCAAGUAUAAGCGUCAUCUUUUAAGACGAGUUACAAGCAAGUUUUGAUUAUUGUUAACUUAAUAGUACAGUUAUGGUAUUGUAUCAAAGCAGCAAAAAAUGUAUAAAUAAUGCAACAGAUGAGGCUGCCACCCUGUCCACUUCAGAAGCUUGUUACCAAGGCUGUUUAUUUCCCAGAGAGACACUAUAUUUUUGAGUAACAGUUUGCUGUCAUUAUUUAACAAAAGGUUACUUUUAAAUCUGCUGAAAAAGAAAUGUUUGAAUUGAAAAUUAAUAAUUUGAUUUUACUUAGACAUGCAAUCCAUCCAUUCAUCCAUUUAAUGAACUUGUUUAUUGUGCUCUUGCAAUAUUUGGCAUAAGAUGGCAGCCAAUCUUGGAUGAUCCAUCAAAGGGCACUCUUGCACCAGGUCAGUUUGAAGCUGUGUUUUAGCCUAAAUUAUAUCUUUUGGGAUGUGGAAGGAAAACCAGUGGAUGCAGAAAAACUCCAGUGAAGAGAGUAGGCGAAUAAGCAGACAAUACAAAACACCUGAGAUAUGAAGAAAUUGUCCAGGUACUGUGAGGCAGCAACACUAACUGUUGUGCUACUAAUGAAAAAAAUCAUCAGUGGGGACAUGACACAUCUGUACAUCUUUAUGCAUAUAUCACACACAUGAUUCAGCUCUCUUCUGUGUGUGUGAAUAGCUUAGGUAUUAUGGCAGUCAAGUGAGCAAACCCAUUGUAUAGACAGAGUAGGCUUCAAACGGAUUACAUCAUACAAGGGUUGUUAGUUGUUGUCUUAGAUGCUAGACCUGUGCAGCAUGCCUCUCAUUGGGCUAAUGUUUGCCAAACAUAUUAUAAUGCAUCUUUACACAUUAUUGGCACUUCUGCUGUAUCAGGUGUUUCAUGUUUAAAGUUUUGUAAUUCUUAUUUGUAUGUAGUGGGUAGUAGUGAACAUAUUUUCACCUUCUUGUACAAGCAGAACCCCAUUAUUUAUUUAUUUUAUUCUAUUCCAAUUUAAAUAUAUUGUUACUUUUUACUUGUCAGUGAUAUAAUACAACUCUAAUGUUUUUUUUCCGCUGCUGAAAAAUAUUAUUUUGUAAGCCCUCCUCCUUUUUAUUUUCCUCAAAAUUCUUUGUGAAUGAACUUCUUGGACCUACCUCUCAGUCUCAAAAAUAGUCCUGCUUUAAUCCAGCUUCUUUCCAUCCACUGUGAAGGUAACAGGGAGACAGAACACAGCCCAGGAGUAAAGGGUGCAAGUCAGGAUGUAAUCGCGCACUGUGUUCCAGUCCACUGCAGGGCACACCGCUUGGUACUGGGCCAGUUUUUCAGUAUUACUUUCAGAUGUAGAAGAUAACUUGAGCAUUUCUUCUUCCAAGAAACCAUACAGACAGACACAUGUAAACAUAUACAAGCUCUACAAAGACUGUAACCACACCCAGCCCUGAACAUGGGCCCUGGCGCUGUGAAGCAGACUGUUGCAUGCCCGGUUCUAAAAGGUCAUGUUUGAAUUCUGUUGUUCGAAACUUUCUUAGCUCUCAUAAAUCUCUGUAAAAUACUGAAUUUUAAGGCAGACUAGUGUUAAAAACUAGUUGACAUGGUGGCACUGUGUUUUUGGUUUGUUGAUGCAUUGUCAUUAGAUACAAAGGAUUGUGACUGUGUUACAUGGCACACAAAAACAUUACAAAGUUAGAGAAAUGUGUCCAUAUUGCUGUUAUGCACCCUACCUAAUUAUCAUCCUUUCUUGUGGUGCUAAGGAGCCAAAUGCCACCUUGUUGAGAUACCCUACCAGAGGGUGGUUUUAAAAGGCUAUUAUUGCCCCACCUUGCUGUCCAGGGCUUAGUUGGGGGGCUAGCUGAAGAGACUCCAAUUUUCUGAAGCUCAACACUCAUGUCAUCAGUAAGACAAUUGGUUUGGUGUUCAUUUUUCAGGAUCAGAAAAGCCUCUGUGGCCGGACUUUGCAUCUUUUCCAUUAAUGAUGUUUUGCACAUCUAUAGCUAUCGGUAAGUAGUUGGGCAGGAUUCUGGAGCAAAGUGCAUAAUUGUAGCACAUUUAUUUGAAAUUGAUUUUACGUGCCUACUAAUGCCAGUUGAAGGACUAAGGUGACAUCUAAAUGAGCUUACCCUUCUCGCACCAACCACAACUUGGUCUAGCAGUCGCAUGUUUCUUCUUAUUACAACAAACAAGUACAGUCAGUCUGUAAACCUCAUAUAAAUUUAAACACUUGCCUUUUGAUCAGUUUAAAGAAAUUCAGUGUUAAAAAGGCUCAUCAAUAUAGUAUAAACCCAUAUCCAGCCUUGAUUAAACCUGGCUGUAGGCACAGAGAAGUCAGACAUAACUAAUGCACUUUGUACAUUCUCCUUAAGUAUCUACUAAGAAAGUGUGUCCUCACCAGUGUUUACGUUGAAGCCAAGCAACUUUAUGUCAUUUUUAUUUUUAUGGUCUUUACAUCGAGAUCUUACCAUAUUUCUAAAAAAAAAUAUAUAUAUAUAUAUAUAUAUAUAUAUAUAUAUAUAUAUUAUAAUACAUAAUAUAUAUGGCUCCUCAUUGUCUCCGUUUUUGGUUUUUGAAGAUACUGACAGAAUCGUGUACUGUAGCACACUUUGGGUAAUUGCUGUAUAAUUGCUGAGUAGUUUUGUAGCUGCUUGUGUAAAAAUGACGCUGACCAUCUUCCAAUCUGCUAAUUCGCUUUUGGCCAAAGAUAGCAGAUUACUUCAGAGCUGUAGAAAUGGGAGCUCAUCCCUGUCAGGCUAAAGCUCGUCAUUCCUUAAAAGUUUCUUUCUGUACGUGCAUAUUUAUUCAGUUUUAAAAUAGUUCUAAAUAUUAAGUAAAACAGGCAGCUAAUAAAUGACAAAGCAUAAUUUUCUAGGUUUUAUCAGAAUGUUUUAAUGUUGUGCUGGCAAGUGGUUUUUUUUUUUUUGCAUUUUUGUUUUGUUUUUUUUAAACCAUACUGCUGCAUAUUGAAAGUUGGAGUAUUUGUGCAAUUUAUCUAAUACAGUGGCAGGCCUAGCUGCUGCCUUCUUCUAAAUAAUUUGUAAAAUGUAUUUUGUAGAGAAAAAUGCACUAAGCAGACCCUCACUCACUGAGCGGCCUGGGCGAUGGUCCUUGAGCGUUCUGGAGAAGGACCCAGUUUCUAUUCUCUGAAAGUGGCACUGUUUUGACGAUUUGGUAACAAUGCCUGAGGAAUACUAUAGCUUUACUUCAUUGCACUGUUGGAAGACUGGUUUUUACAGAUAUCCAGUGGCCACAAUACUUCAUCCACGUCCUCAGCUCAGUGAUGGUUUAACAGCCCACCUUUGUUAGCGUUGUACCUCUGCGACAGAGCAAGACUGUCAUCUGCCUGCUAUUGCACCUUCCACUCUAAUGAUCUACAGAGCUGAUUAUUGUAAAUUUCUUUUAAUAACAUUAUGGAAAAGUGAGUUUUAUUUGUUUACAUACUGUUUACAAUGGCACAGUUUUAUUUUUAAUAUUAUAUAAAAACAAAUAUAUAUAUAUAUAUAUAUAUACAUACAAUAUUUGGGUAUUUAUUGCAUACAGUUUAAUAUAAAAUGUUUUCAUGUGUUUUCACCUUUGGAAUAUAAUGUUACUUUUACUUGUAAAAAUAUUUGGGUGACUUUGUUAAUGUAGUUAGUAAUUUUUAUGACUACUAAGUGACCAUUUUCUGUGCCUUUUAUUGUAGAAUGCAUGAUUCUUACCUAUUUAUUACUGUAUGGAAGUCACUGAGAUGUGUAUUUUUGUAUUCUGCUGGGAUCAGUGGUUCAGUUUUGUUGUACAUUUUAAGAUGCCUAUAGACACACACACACACACACCCAGUAAUAAAAAAAAGAUCUUCCUAUUAAAUAAAAUUGAAUGCAAUCAC